UUGUGGUUAAAGUUACAGUCAAUCAAAAAUGUCAAUGCAAUUUCUGACCAUUUUUAAUUUAAGAAAUAGCCCAAUUUGUCCACAAAAGUGUUCACUGUUAAGACAAGACAUAUUCACUGUUAAGACAAGACACAAUUAUCAGAUUACAUUAGAUAAAACCGUAAUUUCAAAAUUUGUAAGGUUAAAUUUAUAAAUUGUUACCAUAACCACAAGUCUGUGGCAACAAUGUUCAAAAUUUAAAUUUUUAAUCCCCAUUUUUUUUUUCAGGGAAUCUAAAGUUUGGUUCACCUAGACUUGAAACUGUUUUCAUUCAUUGUCAGAUUAAGUUUUUCUGCACUGAUAAUGUCUAAAAGAAAAUCAAACACCUCCAUCGAAAAUACUACAACAGGAACUAAAAAGAAUAAACCAAAUGGUCACUGGAGUAUGGGCCUCCUUGCAGCCAUCGACGACCCAGAACUCUUUUUAGAAUCUGAUGAUUUAAUAUCCAUCAUUAGAGACAAAUACCCAAAAGCCAAAUACCACUAUUUGAUACUUCCGAAAGAAAAUAUCACCAGUUUAAAAUCAAUCACUCCCACACAUUUAUCUUUACUAGAACACAUGGAAAGAGUUGCGGAGGAGUUGAUAAGUCGUGAUGAACACAAAGUGAGCACUUUUAAAAUAGGCUAUCAUGCGGAACCCAGCAUGAGCCGACUCCAUUUACACGUUAUCAGCGAUGAUAUGAACUCGAAUUGUGUCAAAACUAAGAAGCAUUGGAACAGCUUUACCACAGAUUUUUUCCUGAAAUCGGAAGAUGUCAUAAAAAACUUGGAAAAGAACGGCAAAGUAAUUUUACCCUCACGAGAAGAGUGCAAAAAAUUCCUGGAAACUCCUUUAAAAUGCCASAAGUGUGACACCAAACCGAAAAACAUGCCCGAACUUAAAAAACAUAUUGUAACCCAUUUGAAAUAAAUGAUUUUUUAAUA